GGGGCGGGAGCUGGGUUUCCCGCGGUCCCGGGUGACGCGAGCGGGGCGGGGGGCGGGUUGGUCUUAAAGGGCCAGCCCACCCGCGUCCUUUUGUUCCGGGACGUUGAGAUUGGUCCGGCCCUGCUUUCAUUGUCCGCUGGUGUACUCUCCGGAACAGCCAUGAUUUCCCAGUUCUUCAUCCUGUCCUCCAAGGGAGACCCGCUCAUCUACAAAGACUUCCGCGGGGAUAGUGGUGGCCUGGAUGUGGCAGAGCUCUUCUACCGGAAGCUGACGGGACUGUCUGGAGACGAGUCCCCGGUUGUCAUGUACCACGAUGACCGUCAUUUCAUUCACAUCAGACACAGUGGCCUCUAUUUGGUAGCUACGACUUCAGAAAACGUUUCUCCCUUCAGCCUGCUAGAGCUGCUCUCCAGGUUAGCUACCCUCCUGGGUGACUACUGUGGCUCCCUCAGUGAGGGAACCAUUUCCCGAAACGUGGCUCUUGUCUAUGAACUCUUGGAUGAAGUACUGGACUAUGGCUAUGUUCAGACCACAUCCACGGAGAUGCUGAGAAACUUCAUCCAGACGGAAGCUGUAGUCAGCAAGCCCUUUAGCCUCUUUGAUCUCAGUAGUGUUGGCUUGUUUGGAGCAGAGACACAGCAGAGCAAAGUGGCCCCCAGCAGUGCGGCCAGCCGCCCAGUUCUUUCCAGUCGCUCUGACCAGAGCCAAAAAAAUGAAGUUUUUUUGGAUGUGGUCGAGAGACUGUCUGUACUGAUAGCAUCUGAUGGAUCACCACUGAAGGUGGAUGUGCAAGGAGAGCUCCGGCUCAAGAGCUUCCUUCCCAGUGGCUCUGAGAUGCGCAUCGGCUUGACAGAAGAAUUUUGUGUAGGGAAAUCAGAACUGAGAGGUUAUGGGCCAGGAAUUCGGGUUGAUGAAGUCUCAUUUCACAGCUCGGUAAACCUGGAUGAGUUUGAGACUCAUCGGAUCCUCCGCUUGCAGCCACCCCAGGGCGAGCUGACUGUGAUGCGGUACCAACUGUCUGAUGACCUCCCCUCCCCACUCCCUUUCCGGCUGUUUCCCUCUGUGCAGUGGGACCGAGGCUCAGGCCGGCUCCAGGUUUACCUGAAGUUACGGUGUGACUUGUCCCCAAAGAGCCAAGCUGUCAACAUCCGACUGCACCUUCCACUGCCACGAGGGGUGGUCAGCCUGUCUCAGGAGCUGAGCAGCCCAGAGCAGAAGGCAGAACUAGGGGAGGGAGCCCUUCACUGGGACCUGCCCCGGAUACAGGGAGGCUCUCAACUCUCAGGCCUUUUCCAGAUGGAUGUUCCCAGCCUACCAGGACCCCCCAGCCAUGGGACUUCCACCUCAGCCCCUCCACUGGGGCUGGGACCCGCAAGCCUCUCCUUUGAACUUCCCCGGCACACGUGCUCCGGCCUCCAGGUUCGCUUCCUCAGGCUGACCUUCAGGCCCAGUGGCAACACCAACCCCCACAAGUGGGUGCGCCAUCUCAGCCACAGCGAGGCCUACAUCAUUCGGAUCUGAGGCUUCCCAAACCAGAACAUGGCAGCAAAGGCAGAAGGCAGUCAAGUGGGAAGAGGACAGUAUUUGCUUUCUUGGCAUCGUGGCCUGUGGCUCUGGAUGUGAGCAGAGGACUCCUGAGUCUUGAGAGGCCCAUAGGGGUCCAGAGACUUGCCCCUUCUGUGGUAUCUGACACAGGAAGGCUCAGAACUUACAAAUCAACUUUUAUUCUGAGGAACUGACUGUACAGUAUCUAAAAAGAAAGUCAUGUGGGUAAGCAGCCUACUCUUUCUUCCACCUCCUUUGCGUGCGUGAGCAUAGGAAUCCAUGGGAGAGGUCGGCAGAUGGAUGAUGUUAUCACGGAGCAGGCUGAGGGGAGCCAGGUCCAGGGGGCUGGGAACCAUUUGCCUUGGGAGUCCCUGGAGCUGGAGGGCUGUCCCCAGCUUCCUGUUUCCCCCCACAGAGGGCACUGCCCCCAAGUGGAGAGGGGGAAGAUGAGGAGGGAGGGACUGGAGAAGGAUGGGAGGGAGGGCCUCCUUUGCCAUCUCCUGUUGGGGGCAGCGAGACCACGAUGUACUUCUGGACACUGCCAGGCCCAGAGGGGGCCGUGCUGGGGGGUGCAGUAGAGGCGGUGGAGACCAGCUUGACAAUGGGCUGCACACUGGGCACUGUGGUAGUGACAGGAGAGGUAGUGGUGGAGCCUGAGCCAGGAGCUGAGGUGCUGAGGGACAGGACCUGGAGGAGAAAGGAAGACACCCCGUGAAGGGUUUCCAACUUGAGGAUCCUGUAAAUUAUUGCCAACUUGGUACUUUACAAAGUGCUGGCAAAUGGCCCUUCCAUCUCCUGGCUUUGGGCCUGGCGGGGACUGGGAUCUACUCUGAGAUGACCCAGGCCGCUCAGGGUGCUCCUCGCAUCCUAAGUCCCAGGUGCUACAUACCUGCUGGGUGGAUGAGGCGCUGGAGGAUGACAUUACAAUAAACUUGGUCGGAGGAGGGGAAGGCUGAGGGGGGGCAGCAGCUCUCGCAGACACCAGUGUCUGGACAG